AGCUUAUAAGGAAAAUAAUCCUGAUUGAUUUGUCUAUGCAGGUAAUGUAUUGUAGGAUUAAGGAUGCAUUGAUACAGAUGAGUAAAGGUGUACUAAAGGAACCUAUUGCAGUUCUAGUUCCUGUCUUGUUUGGUGAUAGACCUCCAACAUUGUUAAAGAAAGAUGUUACAUUCACCCCUUUCUACUCCAUCCUUGAUCACUCUCAGCCUGAGAUAGGACCAAUGGGGAAAACACUUCUUGAGUUUCAUCCACAUAAAGAGAUGUUCUUCCUACUCACAAGAUACAUGAUUGAUCUACUUCAGAUAUGACAUGGAUUAAAAGAAAGAUGAAGACAAUACACUAAACGAAGGUGAAGCUGAGAUUGAUUUUUCACAUACAAAGAGACUAGACUUAAAAUGGAGUCCAUUGUAACGAUUACAUUACCCUAUAUGCUACCCAGGUACCAAACAGUGAACUGUGCUCUAGUUAAUUGUCUAGUUUAUAUACUUUGUAACUUGCUUAAUAAAGGGAGGACCAAAAU